GCUAAAGCAGCGCAUCCGCGCGAUUUGGGCCAACCUGCUCUCUGCGCACGUCGCAGGGAUCUAUUCUCGACCAGAACAGAUCCUACGCACGUCUAAAAGCUCUCAGAGACACCGCCCGGCCCGCGCCAAAAUACACCUCUAUUGACCCAGCACACACACGAUGCUGUCGUCCCUGCCUGAAGACGCGUUGUACCACAUUCUGAAGUUUGUCGAUGAAAACGACGACGCGCGCUGCGCGAGGAUCAGCAAGAGCUGGACGAACUUGAGGCGAGCAUGGGUCGUUUCUCGCUCAAGUUUUCCUGGCGGCGAAGGCGUUGGAAGGGCUGGGCAAAAUGGAGUCCAAGCCGUGGCAUUUUCCUGCGACGGCAAACUUCUCGCCAUCGGCGCCGACGACUUUGCACUCAAUCUCAUGGUUCUCGAUGCCGUGACCGGCGACCUGCGACGCACGUUCCCGCGGCCCCUUGGGACCUCAUGCUUGGAUUUUUCGCCGACCGACAGCACAGUGCUUGUGGCGGGCGGCAGUAGAGAUCUCAUUGCUUACAAUACGGCAACUGGCAAUUCGCGCGAGCUCUGGCGCGGAUCAGAGGAACUUAGAUGUGUCACAUUUUCGCCAGCGGGAUCUACUAUUGCGUAUUGCCGCACGCUUAUAGUCGCGGUCAUCGAUAUUGGAGGACCCGACCCCACGCGCGACCCCUUUGCUGUGCCAGCUCGUGUCCUACUCACGACCCAUCCCGGCGGACCUAGAAGAAUAGAGGGCAUCGCGUUCUCACCGACGGGGUCUGUGCUUGCGGUGGGCGUCGGUACGAGGGUCAAGUGCUACGACGUCGCCUCUGGCCAAGUACGCUCCGAAAUUGCGCAUGGUGGUUAUGGCAUCUGGACCAUUGCCUACUCGUCUCGCGAGAUAAUUGCGGUGGGUGGUCCUGACGGUAAGCUCGUGCUUUAUGACGCAUCAAACGGCCGAUUAAUCCGUGAGAUUAGCCCCGCUGGGAACGGGUUAUGCUUUUCGCCGGAUGGGUUGAUGAUUGCUUUUCGGAAACAUGGGUUGACGGGUGCAGGGCGCGUGUUUUUUUACGAUGCUGAGACUGGCGACCUGCGCUUCGUUAUCUCGCGCAACUACGGUAUUCAUGGGCUUGGGGCCGUUAGGUUCAGCCCCGACGGAAAGACUGUUGCGGUAGGAGACUACAAGGGCAGGGCCGCCCUCUACGACGCCACAACCGGCGACCUGCGACGCAUGCGCCGCGCGCCGCCGGCAGCCUAGGAGGUGUAAUAAUGUGA